GCGGCCCCUCAUUUCUCGAUAGCCACCACCGAAUUCGAAGCAACAGACGGAAAAUGUUAUUUGACGAGUGUAGAACAACAUUAAAAUAAUAAAGCAAGAGAGUCGCAAAGAAACAACAGAGCAACAAUUAAAAAUCAACUUUUUUUUAUUUAUAUUCUGUUAAAAUCGUGGUAUAACUAAUCAGUGGGGUUAAAGACGAGAGACGUGCACUGAAAUGAGUGUUAACCAAUUAUUGUUGGAAUUUUACGAAAACGGUAUAAAUACAAUAAAUACGAAAAAAAAUUAAAGAAGAUCGAGUGAAAUACGCUUCUCUGUGAGCGUUUGCUGUGCUGUUGGAACGAUGUCAUGCCGAUAAGAUUCGAAUUGCAGUGCGGGGGAAAGAUUGAAGUGUGUUGUUUAGCCAUAGAGCUGUUUCUCCGUUUCUAAUAAAUAAAGUGGUAUUUCAAACGAAAUCGAACAAAAUUACGUUAUUGCAUUAAUUUUUGUAAACCAAAUUGUCGCAAUGUGGUUAAUCGAGUGCAUACUAACAAGAAAUUAAUAUUUAUGUUUUUCGAAUGAGGUCCAUUUUUAGUAUUAAAGUGUUUAUGUAAAAUAAAUAUGUUUAUUAAAAACGUAAACUUUGCAAAUCAUAUUGUUAUUGUGCGAGUUUUUCAAAAAUGAUUUAUUGUGCGUUUUUUGUGUUUGUGCAAAUAAGGCAAUAGCGCAACCUCAAUAAAUAAAUUGAAACGAAAGUAAUAAUUGCUUAUACUGGCGUAAAUAAAUAUGAGCUCGUUAAGGCGGUAUUUAAUUUGUUAUAUUCAUCACUGAAAGCAUAUUCAAAUGCGAGAAAUGAUAGUAAAAGUUGUUGAAAAAGUAAAGUGAAUUGCAAAACAGGAAAGCUAGGGUAACAACAACAAAAAAUACCAAAGUGUCUCAAAAAGUGUCAAUUCGAAGUCAAAACAAAACAAGAUGACGUCGACUGUAGCAGAAACUCUGUCAGUGUGGAGAGAAGCGAAUAGCAAACACGCUUUUGGGAUUGCGAAGUGCAAUUUCGAUCAGGAAAAUAAGCCGCAUCGUUUGAGUUUGGAUGUUGGUGAUUCGGUUGUGAUUCUAAAGGAGACAACACAUUGGUAUUACGGCUAUAAGCAGAGACAUAAAGAUCAACGCGGCAUAUUUCCGAAAACCUACAUACAUCUGUCCGAUUACACAAUCAUCAACGGCGAGUAUUGCAUCAAACGUACUGAGAUCGUUGAGGAAAUAACCAAAGUUCUAUUGGAAUGGGGCUUCAUAUUGAAACAGUAUUUUUUGGUCACACAUCGCGACUUUAAAUCCAUACGCGCUAAAAUGAUUGAGUUAAAUAAUAAUCGCGCGUUACUCAUAUCGGGAAAUUUGCCAGUGGACGAGAUGCGUAAAGUGAAGCUGAUGGCCACAUCGCAAAUCGACACAGGAAACAGUCUGUUGGGCUUAGAUAUGGUGGUGCGUGAUGAAAAUGGCGACAUAUUGGAUACGAACACGAUAUGCACAACGGAAUUGUAUGAGCAUCAUAUGAAUGCGGUGAACCGCAUUAUUAAAGCGAAUCGACCGCAAACAAUACAACGUUCGUCACGCCCCCUCAAUAAGUAUUCACACAGCAUUCUUCUGCACGUGAAUGCAUUCGUUUGCAAAUUCCAAGAGGAUUCCGAUCUGCUCUUCACGCUCUUCGAUGGUGAAUCACAUAAACCGAUAAGCGAAAAUUACGUCGUAAAAUGGUCGCGCACCGGCAUCGCCCGCGAUAUCGAUCAAUUCGACAAUAAUCGCGUACUUUUCACCGAUCUCAGCAAAGCUGAUUUGAGUAUACCGAAAAUGUAUCUCGUCUGCUAUGCGAUACGCAUCGGUUCCAUGGAGAUGAAGGAGAACGAUUCGAAACGUGCCAGCAUAACCACUGCCAUGUUAACGCCGUCGAGCAAGAAACACUCCCAGCUCUCGAUCAGUUCGAGCGGCUCAUUCAACAGCGCCGAAUACAUAAUGCGUCGACCAUUUGGUGUUGCUUGUAAAGAUCUCACGCCUAUUUUGCAUAAACCGGAGGAUUUCCGUGGCAAUUUGGAUCUACCAUUUAUGUUGUGCGAGAAGGACACGCUAGAUGGUACGCUGCGCAAAUUGAUCGCUAACAAAGAUUUUGGCAAGAUCGAUUCGAAGAUGGCGGUGACCAUUGAGGUGCUUCAAGGUGACAUUAAACAAAUCAAAGAGGAUUUUCCACGUUUGCUACAUACAAAUGUGCCGUUAGCGCGUAAAAUGGGCUUCCCCGAAGUGAUAUUGCCCGGCGAUGUGCGAAAUGAUCUUUAUCUGACCAUAUGCGGCGGUGAAUUCGCACGCAUUGCCAAAACAUCGGAAAAGAAUGUCGAGGUGACGGUGUAUGUGUGCAAUGAACAGGGGCAAACUGUGCCGGGUGUAAUGAGCAUUGGCGCUGGCCACUCGCCCAUUGAUGAGUACAAGUCGGUGGUGUACUAUCAUGACGACAAACCAAAGUGGUUGGAGACCUUUAAGAUUCAUGUGCCGAUUGAUGAAUUUAAACAGUGUCAUUUGAAAUUUAUGUUCAAACAUCGCAGCUCCAAUGAACAAAAGGAUAAAUCGGAGAAGCCCUUCGGCUUGUCUUAUGUCAAAUUAAUGCAGGACAAUGGGACGACAAUACUGCAAGGACAACAUGUACUGACAGUGUACAAAAUAGAUCAUAAGAAAUAUGACAAAAAUAAUGCAAAUGUCUAUUUGGAGUUGCCCGCUACGAUUGGUGAAUUGCAAGGCACUAAGCCAUCGGCUGGCGGCUUAUCACUGUUCCCUAAAGAUCAGCUGACAAUUUGUGUCAAUUUAUGCAGUACGAAAUUGACGCAAAGCGUAAGCCUACUCGGUUUGCUUAAUUGGUCAGCGCAUAAGGAAACCCUUGAGGAGUCCUUGAAUGCACUCUCGAACGUGCCCGGGGAAGAGGUUGUGAAAUUUUUGCAAGACAUACUCGAUGCAUUAUUCAACAUUUUGGUUGAAAAUGAUGACCCCGAACGCUACGAUCAACUGGUGUUUAUGAGUAUUAUACACCUAAUUGAAACCGUAUCCGAUUUGAAAUAUCAACACUUUCUCACAGUUUUGGAUGUGUACAUAAAUGAGAGCUUCUCAGCCACGUUGGCCUAUGACAAACUUAUUAACGUGCUGCAAAAAAAUAUCAGAGAAGCCAUUGAACCGAAAGAGAAAUCUGCUGAUGGCAUUGAAAUUGAAGAGCGCAUAGAAGUGAAGCGGCUUUAUAAGACCACCAGAUAUUUGCACUAUGUAAUAAAAUUUGUUAUACGUUCACGUGUGCUCUUUGCUGCGAUCAAUGGCAAUUCGGAUUAUGAUGAUUUUGCGAAUAAGCUGCAUGAAUUGCUGCAGAUGUUUAUAUCAAUGAUUGCCUGUCCCACUGAUUUGCUGAAAUCGGAGGGUGCUCUGCUCAAAAAUUUGCAUAUCAUCGCUACUGAUUUAAUGACGGUGUUUGACGAAGUGCGCUUAAGCAAUGUGAUUGUCAACAUAUUGCGACAAUUUCCACCGCGUCGCUUGACGCAAUCUAAAAUGGGUUGCAUUAAGGACUUUGUCGACUCGAAAUUGUUUCUUUCACCCGAUUGUCGCGCUGUUUUGCUGCCCGUAUUCUGUAAUCACAUCAAGGAUCGUCUUGAGAGCAAAGAAGAGGGUGACUCGAAGUCUGAUAUAUGGCAACAAGAAAAGAAUCUCUCGAAGGCAGCUAAAGUCCUCGGACAGUUAAAAUCACAUCUGCACACGCGUGAAACAACUGCCAAACAAAAGGUGAACGAAUGCAUUGUUAUCAUGAACAACAUACUGCGCCUGCUCUAUCGUAAAGACAUCGGCAAGACACACAACGACGUGCGUGACAUAAUGUUGAUUCUCCUGCGCACCAUAAUUAAAACUUCGCACGCUCUCGAUCGUGAAAAUCAGCUGGUGGGCAAUUUGGUAGCAAUAAUGUUGGGCAUUUUGCAACGCAUGGACGGCGCACAUUAUGACAUCUUCGUCAAGCAUCUGAACAAUCGUUUUGAAUUGCAAGAUUUCAUAAUCGAAAUCCUACUCGUCUUUGAGGAGCUCGUUUCGCCACAUCAAAAGUCGGUAUUUUCACGGGAUUGGAUGGAUAUGAUUAUGCACCAGAAUACCGUUAUAUUACGUUCGCUACAACACCUAUCCGUUGUGAUUAUCGAUCACUUCUUUGAUCCCUUCGAAAAACAAGUGUGGUCGAAUUUUUUCCAAUGUUCCAUAGCAUUUCUAAUACAGUCACCACUCCAAUUGAACGAUUUCAACGACAAUAAACGACAGAUAAUAUUUGCACGCUAUCGUGAUAUACGCAAGGAUACGGCGCAGGAGAUACGUAAAAUGUGGUUCCAGCUGGGCGCACACAAACCGAAAUUCGUGCCACAGCUCGUUGAGCCGAUACUCGAAAUGAGUAUGAUACCCGAAGUGGAAUUGCGAAAGGCAACAAUACCGAUAUUUUUCGAUAUGAUGCAGUGUGAAUAUUACAGUUCGAAAAUGUUGCCGAACAGCUACGGCGAUACGAAACGCAAUAAUAUGCAUUACAAAGCGAACUUUAACGAAUUCGAAACGGAAAUGAUCGAGAAGUUGGAUAUAUUAAUUGGCGCGGGCAAAGGGGAUGCGGAUUACAAAGACCUCUUCCAGAGCAUACUACUCGAGAAGUGUCAAGCGCAUAAUAUACUCAAAACUGAGGGCACAGAAUUUGUGAAAAUGGUCACAAAGCUUAUGGAACGCCUGCUGGAGUAUCGCUGUAUAAUCCAAGAUGAGAGCAAGGAAAAUCGCAUGGCUUGCACUUUCUCACUCUUGCAAUUCUACUCGCUAGUGAAUCGCAAAGAGAUGUACAUUCGUUAUGUCUACAAACUCUGUGAUCUUCAUAUGGAGUUCAAUAACUACACCGAAGCCGCCUUCACUUUGAAAUUACACACCGAGUUGCUGCAGUGGAAUGACACUGAGUUGUCUCAACUCUUACGUUCCCACCGCCAUACGGCAUGUCGCACGCAUCGCGAACUGAAGGAGGCUCUCUACUAUGAAAUCAUCGACUACUUCGACAGGGGUCUCAUGUUCGAGUGCGCUAUUGAUAUGUGUAAAGUAUUGGCGCAGGAAUAUGAGAAUGAGAUCUAUGAUUACUUGAAAUUGGCCAAGCUGUUGGUAAAGAUGUCGCAGUUCUUUGAAAAAAUAUUAAAAGAAUUUCGACACACCUCUGAGUACUUCCGUGUUUGCUUCUAUGGCUUGGGCUUUCCACGUUUCUUGCAGAAUGAAGCAUUUAUUUUUCGUGGUGAGAACUAUGAGCGCUUGAGCGAUUUCUGUUCACGUAUUUUGGCGCAACAUCCACAAGCCGAACUCAUGCAAACACUGGAAGUGCCUGGCGAGGAUAUUACGCAGGCGGAUGGUCAGUUUAUACAGGUAAAUAAAGUUGAGCCUGUGAUGAAUGAGAAUUUCACCAAAUUCGAUGGCAAAAUGGUAUCGAGCGAAAUCGUCAAAUAUUUCACAUCGAAUAAUGUGCAACAGUUCCAAUUUUCGAGACGUUGCGAAAACUGCGGUGGUGGCCCUGAUGAUGUGCGUAACCUUUGGUUGGAACGUAUAGUGAUGACAACAAGUUACCCACUGCCAGGUAUUCUGCGUUGGUUCCCUGUGACAGAGACAAAGAAAUUCAAGAUAUCACCAAUUGCCUUAGCCAUCGAGACGAUGAAGAAGACCAAUAAAGAAAUUCGCGACCUAAUCAUCGAGCACAGAAACGAUGAGGCAUUAGACAUAAAAACCUUGAGCAUGAAAAUCACUGGCAUUGUCGAUCCAGCAGUGAUGGGUGGUUUCGGCAAGUAUGAGAAAGCUUUCCUCACACCCGACUAUCUGGAGGAGCACGCAGAUGAGAAGCAUUUGGUGGAAGAAUUAAAGGACCUUAUCGCAUCGCAGAUACCGUUACUCGAGAUUGCCAUCACACUGCACAAACAUAAGGCGCCUGAAAGCUUGAAACUCUUCCACGAACAUAUGGAGAAAUGUUUCGCCGAUAUGCAAGCCAACGUGGAGAGCAAGUAUGGCAAGAAGACCUGUGACCUGAAGCUGGAUCGUGAGUCGGUUAUCAUGCGUCGUAAUGGAUUCUUUAUGCCUGGCAUGUUCGAAGGCAAUAAUCGUUUGUCAGAGACGAGCAUGGGUUCUUCAGAUAGCGGCUUGUCGAAGUCUACUUCCUCGACACGACCACAAACCAGUUCGAUAAAAUCAACAUUCGCGAGUUUUAAUUUCAAUCCAAGACCAAGCCUCGGCCAUUCACCCAGUACAAAAAGCAAGUCUAAAGAGAAAACGCCCUCAAAACGGCGCUCAAUGAAAAAGUUGGAUCGCGAAACGUUAAGUCUACCCGUCGCUAAUAGUCAAUGGUAUACCCAGCCAUUAACGACCAUAACCUCAACACCCGAGCGUGAAUCAAUCACAUCCAUAACAAGCGCUUCCAACACAUCGCUCACUGCCAAAUCACCGGAUCCGAAAGUGUUGACUCAAGAGUUGACCGCAAAACGCCCAUUGCGCUCUGAGAAGGAAAAGGAACGACGCAUGUCACGGCCUGCCAGCAUUGCCACACCCACAAGUGGUAUGAAAGGGUUCUCCAGCACAGACGCGCAUUCCUUGUCAGGCGCUGAUAGCAGUAAUCGAAACUCUGUUGAUACAACAGAUUCCACUUCGGAAGAGGAUCUUAUACCACCACCACUACCAGCUAAAACGCGCGACUCAACCGAUUUUAGCAGUUUUACUUACAGUAUGGACUGGAAUCCCAACAAUUUCCCCUCAUUGAGUCCACUUAAUGCUAAUAUUAAUACAAUAACAACAAACACGACAACCACCAUACAACGCACACAACACAACAGUAUUACAAAUAGCUCGUAUGAGUAUGUAGAGGCCAGAAAUUUCGUGUUAAGCGAAAAGAGGCCACCCACACCGCCACCAAAGCCCUCACGCAAUAGCAAACACAUUCCAUAACUUUGAGGGGACAAAAAUAAGUAGAAUUAAACUAAAGUGAAAAAAAACAUAGCAAAUGUUGAACGUCAUUAAUUUGCGAAAUGAAGUGAAGCCAUAAAA